CCUUAAUAACAUCUCCACUUCCAUCAAAGUCAACAAAAAUGUUACAAACUUUACUCCUCAUUUCCCUUCUUCUUCCUCUGCUAUUUAUCUUCUUCAAACCCAAAUCCAAAUCCAAUACAAACUCGCCACCAAAAUCAUACCCAUUAAUCGGUCACUACCUCUCAGUCUACACCAACCGCCACCGUCUCAUCCACUGGACAUCUGACGCCGUCCGCAACUCCCCCACCUCCACCUUCCUACUCCGACGCCCAUUCGGCCAAACCCGAGUCAUCACCAGCAACCCCGCAGUCGUCCAAUAUAUCCUCAAAACAAAAUUCUCAUCAUACCAGAAAGGCGAUAUCUUCCGCACCACCCUUUUCGACUUACUUGGGGACGGAAUAUUCAACGUGGAUGGAGAUGCAUGGAAGUUCCAACGACAACUAUCCAGCCAUGAAUUCAAUACAAAGUCACUCAAACACUUUGUUGAAAAAGUGGUUGACGCAGAACUCAACGAACGUCUUAUUCCCAUGUUAACCAACGCUACAGUUAACAACACCGUUCUUGAUCUUCAAGACAUUCUUCAAAGAUUUACGUUUGAUAACGUUUGCAAAAUCGCAUUUGGGUAUGACCCAGAGAACUUAACUCCAUCAUUACCGCAAGCGAAAUUCGCAUGCGCGUUUGAAGAUGCUGUGCGCAUAUGUUCGGAAAGGUUCCGCACGAUUACGCCUUUGGUGUGGAAACUCAAAAGUUUAUUAAACAUGGGUUCCGAAAAGCGACUCAAACAAGCCGUGUUGGAGAUCCGAGAAUUCGCUAACAAGAUCGCGAGUGAAAAGAGGCAAGAACGGGACAAUAAAUCGUCGAUUCAGUCGGUUGACUUGCUAUCACGGUUUUUAAGCUCGGGUCAUUCGGAUGAAAAGUUUGUGACGGAUAUGGUGAUUAGUUUUAUACUCGCGGGCAGAGACUCGACUUCGGCUGCUUUGACGUGGUUUUUUUGGUUGGUGUUUAAGAAUCCGGAGGUUGAGAGUGAGAUUGUUAAGGAAGUUAAUGAGAAAUCGGAUUCGCCAGUUUUUGAUGAAGUGAAGGAGAUGGUUUAUACUCAUGCGGCUCUUUGUGAAAGUAUGCGGCUCUACCCGCCGGUUCCGGUGGACACGAAGGCGGCGAGUGAGGACGAUGUUUUGCCGGACGGGACUGUUGUGAAAAAAGGUAUGAUGAUUAGUUACCAUCCGUAUGCAAUGGGGAGAUUGGAAAAGCUGUGGGGCAAAGAUUGGAUGGAGUUUCGACCGGAGCGAUGGUUAGAGAAGGAUGAGACAACGGAUAACUUGAGGCUUAAGACGAUUGAUCCUUAUAUGUAUCCGGUAUUUCAAGCCGGUCCGAGGAUUUGUUUGGGGAAGGAUAUGGCGUUUUUGCAGAUGAAGAGGGUGGUGGCGGGUGUUUUACGACAGUUUAAGGUGGUUCCGGUGGUGGAUGAAGGUAGCGAGCCUGUUUUUGUGGCAGCUUUGACGUCGAAGAUGAAAGGUGGGUUUCUUGUGAAGUUUAAAGAACGAAAAUGAUGUUUUUUAGUUAUAUAUAAAUAGAUAAUUAUGAUUUUUCUAUUUUGAUUUAUGAAUAUACUGAAACAUAUAAUUUUUUAUAUAUUCUGAGACUAUAAUUUUAUUU